AUGAUCGGACCGUCGCCUUCUCCCUCGCCCAGUAUGGCGGGCUCAUCCUACUCGACCUCACCUCACCGGUCGUCCCCCCUUUCCAAUCCUCCUCUCUACUCACCCUCUCGUAUUCCCUCGCCCUCACCUCAUCGCAAGACAUCUCACGGUCAAGAUCGUGCCAAGCCUCGAGCCAUCCCUAGUGAUCGGCGUCGGUCAGGUCUGUCCAAUAUGAGCAUUGCCCCUACCACUUCGCCCUCCCCUUCUCCAUCACCCUCUCCUCGGUCGCCCUCCUCUAUGACAUGUUCACCACCUCUCUCAAGAUCUCACCCGCUUCUUGGCUCGUAUACACUCUCGUUGCUUCACUCUCGCAUGUCUCACGCACACGCCCCACAUUCCGUGCCUUCAACAUCAUCGUCCGGGUUCUCACUCCAUCUCGGAGCGAUAGGUAAAGGCAAGGACUGUCCGCCAGAGCUCAGAUAUCCAAAAGCCGAAAGUAUACCCUUUCAGGCCACGUACUAUGACAUUGAAGAUAGCGGGAAAGGGAAAGGCGCCAUACAAACCCCUUGGGUUGGCACGAUAGACCUCGAGCAUCAUCUCUUUGAUCGAUACUCAGCCUCGCACACCUUGAGCUCAGAGCUACCACCUCCACCAAUACACCCAGGUUUCAAAAUUGCAUCGUUUGGACAGCUUCAGAUCCUCAUCAAAACUGCAAAAUCCGCCGUACGUGUCUUCGUCCUACCUUAUGACCUGAGACGGCUGCCCAUCGGCGGGAGAUUGUUGGCCAGGGAGAGGACUUUCGUCGAUGGGAGAUCGAGCGAUACGUCACAAAAGGGAUCAUUACGAUUCUCGAUCCAGGUCCAGUUCGCGUGUCUGCCAGAUGAGCAGGACCCGCUGGAAGAAGGCUCUUCGACUACCCGACAUCACCGGAUAGGUAUCAAUCAUCAAACGUCUACACCCGAGCACCCAGUGAAGAAAGCAUAUUUUGUCUCUCGGUCCAUCAAAGUCGUCUUCACUUCUUCGCCUCCGGAAUCUCACGAGGUCCAGACAAGUGAACGGACAGACGAAGUGAUCUUGCCGUCCGAGACGUGGCCAGAUUCUCCAGACCGAGGUCGAGGGUCAUUCGUCCCCGGUUCUCUGGGACGAUCAGAAGAGUGGACAGUCCUGCGUCAGAAAUGGAUGGCCAAGAAGCGUGUGGCCGAGGAGAUGUCGGCUCUUCAGGAACAUCCAGAUUCUCCACCGUUCACGCGGACAGUAUUACCUGAGCGAAGGCUUUCGCCAGAACGCGCCUUGUCACCUGUCAGAGGGUUCUCACCACUGCCUCGAAAACCAUCCGAUAUGGGAUCAUCUUCGCCCAAUGGAUCGGUGGUCGGCCUCUCGAUGUUAUCUCAGAUCUCGACAUCACGUCCGCCCUCACGCUCAACUACGCCGACGCCCGCCGCACCCGCCUUGCAGACACUGGCAGCUCAGGCACUUCAAACCAAACCCGCAAAUGUGUACGCGCAUCGUCAGAGAAGUAGACGGGGCAGUCCGACAAGAGAAGAGAGAGAAUUGAGCGAGAAAUUGAUGAGUAGACUCGAGGUUAGAGAUGAGUGA